AUGCAGGUUGCCGGCAACUACGACUUCGGCUACAAGGCACGACACCUCGGCGGCUCCACUUUCCGCCAGGAGACCGGUAACCCGUGGGGUCACAAGAUCGGCUCAUACGGCAUCGCCGACGCGGACGGACGGGUCCGUCUCGUCAAGUACGUUGCCGACGCCAACGGCUUUCGCGUCCACAUCUCCACCAACGAACCGGGAACGGCCGCAUCCAGUCCUGCCGGAGCUGGCAUCAACGCCCCAGUGGCGCUGCCUUCGGCGCCCGCCGUUGAGCCAUUGCUUCUGCAACCUUCGGCGCCCGUGGGAGUCGUUGCUAAAGUCGCUCCUGCAGUGACUGCCGCCCACGUCUACGGCCCGCCCAUAGUGGGACCUGUUCUCAAGCCAGCCGUACCAGUAGCUGCGGCGCUGCAUGACUUCAGGCCAGUCUACGGGAAGAAGCCAUACCACGUCAAGAACGUUCUGGGCCAGGAGGAAUGA